ACCUCCAAAGGCUGCAGAAGAGUUGAAGAGCACCUGGAAACUGGAUGGGCAGCAGCAGAAGCAAAACUGUCAGCAGAACUGGUUUUCUUCUUUUUGUGUUUAGAGAAAUCUAGCUGGUAUCUCACUGAGCAGAAGAAGCGAACUGGGCUAAAACAGGAUCCUAUACUCCAGGUUUCCAAAUGGCUGAUCCUUUUCUAUAUGAUACUGGAGAAAGAUCUCGAUAUGGGUGCCUUGGCCAUGAAGUACAAAUUGAGCACAUCAAGGCAUAUGUUUGCAGACCAUCUUUUUUCACAGACAAAGCUGUGAUUGUGAUUCAUGAUAUAUUUGGAUGGCUGUUCCCAGACAUUAGAUACAUAGUCGAUUUGAUUGCAGGUCAUGGAUACAUAACCAUCUGCCCAGAUUUCUUCAAGGGGACAGACCCCUGGAAAACUACUGAUCACUGGGCUGACUUUGCUGACUGGAUGAAAGCUCAUGAUCCUAUGAAAGUGGACAAGGAAGCUGAUGUUGUCUUGAAGUAUCUAAAGGAACAAUGCGGUGCAAAGAAGAUUGGUAUCGUUGGGUUUUCCUGGGGUGGAAUGGCAGUACAUCACUUGAUGCUGAAAAAUCCUGAAUUAACCGCUGGGGUGUCCCUCUAUGGAAUAAUUAGGGACUCCGAAGAAAGAUACAAUUUACUAAAUCCCACAUUUUUCAUUUUUGGUGAGAAAGACCACACUAUUUCUUAUGAUCAGAUUACCUUAUUGGAGGAGAAGUUGAAACAGUACUGUAAAGUGGCAUAUAAAAUUAAAGUUUAUCCUGGACAAGUUCAUGGGUUUGCACAAUUGAAGCCAGAAGAUAUGAAACCUGAGGAUAAACCUUAUAUUGAAGAAGCUAGAAAAGAUAUGAUUGACUGGAUCAAAAUGUUUAUUUGACAAAGCAUGAAGUAACAGUAGGCUUCAAGAUCAGUGUUUGAUUUCAUUUGAAAGAAGAAAACAGCCAAGGGAAAACUAUCUGGUUUUGAAAAUUGUCACAAAGAAAAAUAGGGACAUUUUAAUUUAUAGUUCUUAAUUAUUUUUUACAAGGUUUACACAAGAUUGUGAAAUCAAAGUUGACUAAAGGACAAUUAGGCAUUAAAAAGUUAUUUAAAUUUA